CGAUCAGGUGAUCAAGCUCUGUAUAUUUUGUACGCGUUUCGUAUAUCACAUGCAAUUCAAUGUGCAGAUCUAGUAGAUAAACAAAGUGGGAGUAUUGCGACAUCGCUUUGAAAUACUACAGCAAAGCGAUCGAGGUCUUUGGUAUAAAUAGGAGUCAUAAUAUUCUUCAGCUACGAUACCAUACAGCGUGGUGACACAAGUGCUUGAUAUUUUAAGAGAUGUCAGUUUGUUCUUCAGCAGAAAUUAGUGGAGAGGUGACUACAGAAAAAUGUCCUCGCACUGAGCAAAAUCAACCCACACUCGACACUGCAGAAACUAGUCUCGAGCCAUCCGUAGACAAGAUUGCAGAAAAUCCCGAAAGCUCUUCAUCUGAUAAUACAGCAGCCGAUUCGUCUGCAACAAAGGCAACGGAUUCCAUUUCAUCAGCUGAAAGAAAUAGCCAAGAUGGAACAGUAAAAGAAUCAGUAGAAAACUCUGCUCUGUCGGUUGAUGGACAGCAGAACUGCGGAGAAGAAACAUUAAGCGGUGAAAGCAAGCCAGAAUUAUCAGCAGCAAAAGAUCCAAGCAAACAAGCUCAAGAGAAGGUUUGCUCUUACUUUGUUCGAUCUGGUCGGUGUAGCUAUGGAAGAAAUUGUAGGUUCCUUCACCCAGCUCGGCCUGAGGGACACAGCAGGGAACGGGGAUCUACAGCCAAGCCUGAUGCUAAGACGCCAGCAUCUAGCACAGGAGACAAAGCAACAUCCCAACCAAAACAGGUUUGCAAAUUUUAUGCAAGGUCUGGAUGGUGUAGCUAUGGUUACAGAUGCAGGUUUUCUCACGUGAGCAAAGAAGCUGCUUCCAACGAGGAGUCCGAUGCAAAUUCUGGAUCAGAUCAGAAGACCAAUGCAACAACAGAGGGCAGUAUUGAUGAUGGUGACAUCCUGGUGUCGUCCACAUCGCAGCUUUCGAUUGAUGAUGGGGCGGAGGAGCAGCCAGAUGAGCGGAAGCGCUCCAAGAGGAAGUCCAAGUCUGCAAAGCAAAAGAGAUGUCGGUUCUAUGACAUGGGGCAUUGUAGAGUAGGACAGAGAUGCAGGUUCUUGCAUGCUGAGAAAGCAGAAACUCUUCAAGAAAAAGAUGACACCAAUGAAGUUGCUGAAGAACAUGCAGCUCCAAAACAAGAGGAGGAAGGAGAGUGGCAGCCGGCACGCAAACCAGCUGGACCGGUCACAAGCCGUCCGUUAUCUGAACUGAAGGAAGGUGAUGCAGCUAAGAUGCGGGAGACUGAGAUCACUCAGCUCAAGAGGAGGUUUCCAGGAGACAAGCUUGAAGUGAGCGAUGAUGGUGAUGACAAUCCAUCGUAUCGCUUCACUGUCAGGCCUACUGACCCUGACUGGCCUUAUGAUCUGAGCGAAUUUGAAAUGGCUGUUAGCUUUCCCCUGGACUACCCUCUCUCGCCAUUACAAGUCAGUUUGCCUGAGGAUCAGGUACUCCCUACUGUUAUAAUGAGACACAUUUCUGAUAGUACGAUUGAGUGGUUGGAGGCUAGGGAUGCUACUAACAAUCUCUCUGGGAAGGUAGAGCUGAUGAUGCGACCAUUCCUGAGAUGGUUUGAUAGGAGUCUUAUGAGGCUCUUCACAGAGGGCGCUAGAAAGUUCAAGAAGGAGGUUUAUGCCAAGGCUGCAGGCUUUGAAUUCAUCUCCUACAGCUCAAAAGAAGAAGAGAAGGAAUCGGCUGAUCAGGGUGAAUCGGAUGCUCCAGCUCAUCCCAAGGAAGAAUAUAUCAACCAUGAGAUGGAUGAAAAUCGUGGAAACAUCAAGGAAGAAGAUGAGGGAGAAGAUCCUGAUGAAGAAGAAGAGGUAGAGGAGGAAGCAGAGGAAAGGGAUGGUAAGGAAGAGAAGGAGGGUGUAGCAUUAAAGGAAGAUACACCAGUGCAGUCAGACGAGCCAUCCCAAUCAGCAUCCUCACCGCCUCAGGCCCAACACCAACCCCCAUCUACUCUAAAAUCCUCCAAGUAUGUAUCCCCGACCGAUAACCGCCGCGGCACCGAAAUCCGGUUCCCUCGCAUGGAGAUGAGCGAGUCUGCCUCCAUCCUGGCCUGUGAGAAGAUCAAGAUCCGCAUCCAGUGUUCACGUUGCAAGGACCAAACAGAUCUCAGCGUAGCUCCUGGAGUCGCCAUGGUCUUGGGAUGUCAUAAGUGCCAGAGCCAGCAGGCCGUAGGAUAUAGACCUUGUAUCAUCCAUCAGUUUUCAUCUGUGAUGGGGUUCCUGGACCUCACAGGAUGUGUCCCUGUAGAUCUUAUCAUAUAUGAGUGCAAGUUCAUGGUUUCUUGUUUGGAAUGCUCAGCAAAUUCUGAUAUUCAGGGCAUUCAAUACGGACAAGAACGCCCUGUGUGGUGCUCCAAAUGCCACCAGAAGAUGACCAUUGCCAUGGAUACAGCUAGAUUCCAAAGACUGGUUGCUUCUGCACCUGAAGGUAAGACAGAAGUGGUUGCUGUGAAGAAAGAGAAGCGACAGAGAGACCCUGCCAUCCAGGAAGGGCUCCCUCUACCAGCUAAUGGAACAUGCCAGCACUACAAGAAGAGCUUCAGGUGGCUCAGAUUCCCGUGCUGUGGUAAAUGUUACCCAUGUGAUGAGUGUCAUGAUGCCGAUUCAGAUCACGAGAUGAAAUUUGCCUCACGUAUGAUCUGUGGAUUCUGUUCUAAAGAACAGCCCUACUCUGCAGACAAGCCUUGCCUCUCCUGUGGAUCCAAUGUCACCAAGUCCAGGACCACUCACUGGGAAGGAGGGACUGGAUGUAGGAACAAGUCCAAGAUGAGCCGAAAUGACAAACAGAAGUUUGCCAACUUGCAUAAGACUACAUCUCGUCAUGCACAGAAAGUGGAGGAAUUCCAAAAAGGGAAAAAGAAGAAAUGACUGGAGCUCUAAACCAACUGCAAAAAAGGGAAAGAGAAGAAACCACUUUACCUCAAUAUUAAUUCCAUAUGUACAGGUGGCGUAAUAUUGAUUCAGUUCAUAAUUUGUUAUAAUUUUGUAUUACUAUUAAUGUAAACAAAUUAUUAUGAGCAGAAUAAAUGCUAUGCAAAGAAUCAUAGCACAGUGAUAUUGAAAAAAUAUAAAGAAGCAAGGUAAAGUAAGCAUUGAAAAGAUGCUACGACUUCAUGACAGAAUGAAGAUGGGACAAAUUUGAUUGUGAAACAAUAUUUGGAAGAUUAGAUAAACAAAUUAUAUCUUAAAGUAGAAUGAUAAAAUCAAAGCCAGAUUAUGUCAAGAAUAUCAUUCGGAAACCAGUAGUAGGUUGAGCGAUGAUUAUGUUUUGAUGUAAUGUUAUAAAUUGUUUUGUUUUGUUGUUUGUUUUUGGCUGCUGCUUCAAAGAAGAAUUCAUAUAAUGAGAAUUUAAUAAAGAGACAAAAUCAAUUUUGCCAUAAAAU